CAUUAUUAGUUGGUGAUGAGAACUCUUUCCUAGUUUGUCAAUGUAAAGUUCUGUCAUAUCUCAUGAUGAAGGUGUUCGUGCUACUUGCUGCUGUUGCCUGUGUUUAUGGAAUACCGAACGAUGAUGAUAAUAGACUAGGCCUAGCUGCUAGUGAUACAGUAGAUGUAAAUUGUAAAGCUUGUCAAGAUAUUAUUAAAGACCUCCGUACUAUAUUAAAUUCUAACAAAACUCAGACAUUGAUAGAGAAUUUUCUAGAAGACAGAGUAUGUUCCAUGCUUGGCCAGUCAGCCGCUAUGUGCAAACAGUAUGUACAAUCCUAUGCACCACUUCUAUUUCAACUCAUGGUGACAGAACUUGAUUCAUUAAAGUUAUGUAGUAUAAUUGGGCUAUGUACAACCCAACAACAAAUAUUAAAGCAACCAGUUGAUGAAUCACCCAUGUUACGUAUUUUCGAUUCUAAACCAGUAAAUAACGAUAAAUCAUUUGGUACAUGUUUUAUCUGUAAAAUGGUGUUAAAGAAAUUAUAUGAAGAAUUAGGACAGCAUGCAACUGAGGCAGAAAUAGAGGCCUACUUGGAUAAAGUGUGUAAUUUCUUACCAAGUACCUUCAGAUCAGAAUGUGUUUCAUUGAUCAAUGAGUUUACACCAACCAUUAUCAAAUUAGUUCUCCAGAAAAUGACUCCAGAACAAAUCUGUGUACAGAUUCAUUUGUGUUCUAAGGCACAGUCUAAUGAUAUACUUGGAAAGUUGUUCUACAUAUCACCAGUUAACUAAGAGAUGUAAGAAAGGAAGAGCAAGAUUUGUAUUAGUUCAUUUCCAAUUUUUUGCGUCAUAUAUCAUAUUCAAGGUUUACAAUUUAUCUCCAAUAUCAAAAUCAAAAUAAGAUUAAAUCAUAAUUAUAAGAAAUACUGUUAUCUGAUAGGUUAGAAUUAAUUUAACGAUUCACUAAUCAAAUAACUAAAAGUUUUUAUUGUAAAUCUUCCAAUCUUAGAUAACAUAGACAAAUUUUUGUAGUUUAAAUUUCUUUUUUUCAGUUUUGAACUGCCAAUUUUUUGCAUUUACAUAACACUUUUAUUACUAUUAAUCUGAAUUUGUUAUCAUGCUUGAUAUUUAAUGACUUAUACACAAUUAUCGUGUUCAAUCUGCGCAUGACUAAUGCACAACAAAAUCGUGUUCGAACAAGCCAUGUUUAAUGUACAAUAAAAUUGAUUUCAAUCAAGCCAUGUCUUAUGUACAAUAAAAUUGAUUUCAAUCAAGCCAUGUCUUAUGUACAAUAAAAUUGAUUUCAAUCAAGCUAUGACUGAUGUACAAUAAAAUUGUGUUUCAUCAAGCCAUGAAUGAUGUACAAUAAAAUUGUGUUCAAUCAAGCCAUGACUGAUGUACAAUAAAAUCGAGUUCAAUCAAGCCAUGACUGACGUUCAAUAAAAUUGUGUUCCAUCAAGCCAUGACU